AUGAAUGCUCCUGGACGUGCGCUGCGCCCGCCUGCGCCGAUACAGCCGCGCGGGGUUCCACCGCUCUUCAAGCACCCGUCUUCCUCCUCCUCAUCAUGGCAGUCCACCUCGACGUCCGAAGCGAGUCUGGACAGCUCGACAGAAGAAGACGAGCUCAGUAGUGACGAAGACCUGGAGGACGACUUCGAAACAGAGUCUCACUGGAGCUCCAGCGGGAUCAGCGGUGACGAGUCUGUGUGGAUGAGGAGACUUGACCUGAGUAUUGGCGGGCGAGCGGUUGCGACCGGCGGCAGUGGACGAGGAGGCACAAACGGUCCGACCCGAACGAAUUCGCCCGUUGCCAGGUCGAACUUGCGUCUCUCGCUUGCCGUUCUUCGCGCUCGACAGUCGCUUUCCUCGCAGUCGUACGAAUCGCUCGCCGGCGCACUCAAAUCGCUCUCGUCGACACUGCCGCCUUUCCCAUCCCUUACACGGCCCUCGACUCUCGCCGCGACGAGCGAGAACCAGCUCGGUAUCUUCGUCCCCGUGCUUGCACGACUCGCGAAAGAUGUGCGGGCUGCGAUCCUCAGCGAAGACAAGAGCCGCGAGUUCAGACGGACGAAGCUGGCAAGGGAAGAUGCGAAGGCGCUCGUGGCGCUCAGGCAAAGAUGGAUUGUAGGCGCGAAGGAUGACGGGACGACAGGAAAGGGAAAGGGGAAGGAAGUCGAGUCGGCGGAUUGGGCUGCUUUCGCCGAAGAUAAUGUCGCCAAGAACCCGCCUCCCGACUUCCUCUCGCAAGACCCGCACACCGCCCUCGAUGCAGCUCUACUCACUUCCCUCGAGUCGUUCCUCCUCCCGUCGUCUCUUCCCCGCAUCUCGCUCUCCGACCUCGCGCUCGAUGACUCCACCUUGUCCUCAUGGCCGUCUCUGCGCCGCAUCGAGGAAGUCGCCGCUUGGUACUUCUCGUUUACGGUUGCGACGGCGAAGGAAGGGCAAGCGAAGGCUAGGAGAGCGCUCGACAACGUCAAAAGCCUCGACCUUUCGAAGAAUCGGCUUACGAUCUUCCCGUUCUUCCUUACAACGCUCUUUCCGAACCUCGAAACCCUCUCACUCUCGCACAACGCCUUCCCGCAUCUUCCGCCUUGGGUCACCCUCUUCUCCUCCCUCCGUCGCCUCCGCACACACGCCAACCGCCUCGUCAGCUCUCGCAAGGCUCUCAAGCCCCUCUCGACCAGUACCAGUGGCCGGCAUCGCAGGACGACGAAGCGCGCCGGUACUCGCGCGAAUGUCCGGGACGUACUCAUUGACCUGCGGUGCACGAUCUCCGACUUGCGGCCGGACCGCCUCCUUCCCUCAUCUACGCCUGCUUCCGCCACUUCGCUCGCGGGCCUUUCAGCACAGCUCCUACAAUCGCUUAAUCUUGACGGUCCGACCGAUUCCGGCUCGCCCAGCGCGCUCGCCAACAUACCCCCUCACCUUCGCGACCUGGUCGAAGCCUCCUAUACCUGCAUAUCCUGCUCCCGUUUCAUACCCUACGAGUCCGACUUGCAUGUCCCGCCGUUCUGGGAACGCGUGCACCACCUCGACCCAGGCAUCUCGUUACCCUCCCGCCUUCCGCCGCAGUCCGCUCGACCUCGCUCGUCCAGCCCACCCUUUCCCUCCAGUUCUGAUGUCAACGAUUUCAGCGACGAUUCAUCGGCCGCCGAACGACCCGCAACUCUCGAGCAACGCCUGCUUCUCACCCUUCUCGCACGCCUCGACGCCUCUGCACCUCCUUCCCACCCUCGCCCUCUCGCUCACCGCCGCGCUUCUUCCUCCACCUCCCUCUCUAGCCUCGCCUCAGCAACUAUCGCUCGUCGACCCGCCCCGACGGACAACGGUCCGCCAGUCCUCCCGACGCUCGUGAUGGGCGGAAGCGGUCCCUACGGGCGCGACUACCGAUUCUGCGCGCUCUGCGCUGCCGCACACCUCGGUCUGGACGCCGAGAUGAAAGCCAUCGCGCUCGAGCGGUUCAAGGUGCUUGAACCGUUUGAGCGGCGCCAGGAGGGCGAGCAGAGCUACGAAGAGGAGAGGGAGGAGUUGCAUCGGCUUUCGAGUUGGGUGUGUAUGUGCGAGGUGUGUAAGGAGGAGAGGCGGAUGAGGGAACAGCGCGAGGAGGGGGAUGCGGAUGUCGCGGCGAGCAAGGCCAAGAUUUUGCGCUGGCUGAGGAGGAAGGAGCGGUUGCGCGAUUCGGAGGUAGCGGCACCGUAUCAGAUUGACUGA